GUGUCCUGCGCAGCGAUGGGGACCGGGGGGAUGCCGGGGGCCGGGAGGUGCUGGGCUGGGGCUGUGCUGGUGACACUGGCGGUGCUGGGACCCCACGUGGCUCGUUGCACGGAGCCCCCAGAGCACUUCCUCUACCAGGUCAAGUCGGACUGUCUCUACACCAACGGCACCCAGCGCGUGAGGCUUCUGGAGAGGUACGUCUGGAACCAGCAGGACUACGCUCACUUCGACAGCGACCUGGGUGUGCAUGUGGCCGACACGGAGCUGGGGGAGCCUACCGCCAAGUACUGGAACAGCCAGAAGGAGUGGAUGGAGUACCAACGGGGCUCAGUGGACACGUUCUGCCGACACAACUACGGGGUGUUGGAGCGAGGCCACGUGAUCGGCCGCAGCGUGAAGCCCAAGGUGAAAGUCUCCCCAACAAAAUCAGGGGCCCAGGCCCACCCAGACACACUGAUUUGCUCCGUGACGGGGUUUUACCCCGGCGGGAUCGAGGUCAAGUGGUUGAAGAACGGGCAGGAGCAGACGGCCGGAGUGGUGUCCACGGAGCUGAUGCAGAACGGAGACUGGACCUUCCAGAUCCUGGUGAUGCUGGAAAUGACCCCCCGGAGCGGGGACGUCUACACCUGCCAGGUGGAGCACAGCAGCCUGCCGGGCCCCGUCACCGUGCUCUGGGAGGAGCAGUCAGACUCGGCCAGGAGCAAGAUGCUGACGGGGGUCGGGGGCUUUGUGCUGGGGCUGAUCUUGCUGGUGCUGGGACUCCUCGUCUACCUGAGGAACAAGAAAGGCCGCCCCGUUCCCCAGCCAACAGGGCUCCUCAGUUAGAUCCUGCAGCUUUGGGGCCUGCAUUUCCCAGCGUGAUUCUCCAGCCCCGUCUCCUGGCACCUGUCCCUGUAUCUGGAGCUCUUCUCACUUUCUCUCUGUCCUCACCUGGAUACGACUCCUCAGAAUUAACCCUUUAUCUGCCUAAGCCUGCACCACAUCAGCACUCAGAAAUGCUACUGCUUUUUGGGGAACCUUCAGGGGUCUCUGAUCUAAGACACGGGGAGCUGUAACAAGGCCAUUUCCAGCAGUUGUCACAGCCCUUUGUAAUGAGACUCCCGUGGGGACUCAACUUAAGCUAACAUGCCCUAGAAAGGACCAGUAUCACCCUCAGCCUGAGCAGUGGAAACAUGUUCUUAAGAAAGGACAGGACGGAGGAGCCCAGUGAUACCCAGGGAACACGUGCUCUACCCUUGGGCCAGGGUGGUUCUGUGGGGUCUCUGAGCUUCUAAUUGAGAUCUGGUAAGUCUGGCCUGGGGUCCCAGGGUGUCCCGUGGAGCUGUUGGAGAGAAGCAGGUGGGGGUUGAAUCGGGUACAUUGAAACAUGUGCUGGAGCUUGUGCUGUUGUAAUUGCUCCUGCUACUGCUCUGGAUCAUUCCUUGGGGACUGGAAAGGAGCAGGUUUCUGUCCUGCUGGGGGUGAUGGGGUUUCUGACCAAUAACUUGUCUCACCAGUGUCUGUGGUGUGUUGAGCCCUCCCUUUUCAGACCUCCAUUUCCCUGGGUCUGUUUCUGAAGCCGUGUGGGUUUACAGCCCUGUGUAGCAAAGUCAGGCUCCCCCACGCUCUCCUAACUGCAGCUGGUGUUUCCCUCACCUCGUGGCUGCCACGCUUCUUUCAAUGGUGGGAGUUGCAAUCAGGAAUCAAAUGGCAGUGAAGCUGUGACAGAGGCUGACCUUGGGGGUGCCACCAAUCCUGCUGUGAUUCACAGGCCUCACUUCAAGUCACCUUUGGUGCCUUCCCCCUGGGCUCACCCCACAGCUCUGCACAGGCUGUGCUCGGCUCCCCAUCAGCAGGUGCCAGCAGAGGCCGUCCCUGGGCCCUGCCCUGAGGGCUCUCUGCUGGCUUUGGAGGACAUCAGCUACUGAGAGUGUGAGCAUGUGAAGGUGCUGAACAUGCAGGUGACAAUCUCUGGUUCUUGUUCCUUGAACCCGCUAAUGGUAAUACAGGUCUCAUGUCCCUGCAUGGUCACAAUAUAGUCUGUGCUGUCCAGCCUCGCAGCUCUUUCCCAUUCUUCUGGCUGUGCGUGUUGGUUUCUGAGUGUCCUUGGACAUCAUGAGCAUGGCUUGUCCCUUACUGAUGGUCUGCGAAAGGGGAGAUCAGAUCCAAGCACUUGGGACAUUCUGUUGUGGAGAAGGGGACCUGCCAUUUCUAGCACAAAUGAGGUGAAGGGUGUGAUUCCCUAAUUUGGCAAACUUUCCUCUGCUGUGAUCAGGCACUGACUGAAUGAGUCCAGUGCAGCUGAGGCACUUUGCACUGAAGUGCUGGUGUGAGGGCUCCCCAGGGUGUCACACAAAGGAUGGUACUCUGGGCUGGUGGAGCACCUCUGAGCUAGAGGUGAGGGCAGGUAUAAUGCGGGGGCUUUUAGGAACUGGGGAAACUCAUUGCAGAGAGAUGUGCCUAGAGCUGCGCUGAGACUUGUGCCCCGGAAGAGCAAGGGCCAUGUCCCAUCCUUCAGCUCCAAGUUGGCGGUCCAGGGGGUCUCCCACACACACUCUGGAGACCCCAGGAUGAGGAAUUUCUUGAGGGCUGAGGUCCCCAUCCAGGCCUGAAUCCACACAGCCCUCAUGUAUAGUGCCCCUCAGGGGCUAGCCCAGGUCCAGGUCUCUUCCCCCAGGGGCAGAGGGCCCCAUAGCCAAGUCAGGCAGUCUCCAGCCCCUUAACUGCAGCUGAUGCCUCCUCCCUCCCCAUGGCUGCCAUAAUUUCAUAGUUUCAUAGUUGGUAGGGUCGGAAGGGACCUGAGGAUAUCAGCAAGUCCGACCCCCUGCUAUGGGCAGGAACGGAUGCUGGGGUCAAACGACCCCGGCAAGGUGUUCAUCCAGCCUCCUUUUGAGAACCCCCAGGGUAAGAGCGAGCACCACUUCUCUUGGAAGUUGGUUCCAGGUCCUAGUUGCCCUGACAGCAAAGUAGCACCUGCUGAUAUCUAGCCUGAAUCUGCUCUCAGUCAACUUCUGGCCGUUAUUCCUUGUUACUCCCAGCAGUGCUCAGGGGAACAGGGACUCCCCCAGUGCCUGCUGGUCCCCCUUGGCCAGUUUAUAGACAGCCACCAGAUCGCCUCUUAGCCUUCUCCUGUGGAGGCUGAACAGGUUCAGGUCCCGUAGCCUCUCCUCGUAGGGCCUGCCUUGGUGCCCCCAGAUCAUGCGGGUGGCCUCCUCUGGACCCUCUCCAUGUUGUCCACAUCCCUCCUGAAGUGCAGUGCCCAGAACUGGACGCAGUACUCCACCUGCGGCCUGACCAGUGUCGUAUAGAGGGGGAGGAUCACCUCCUUGGGCCUGCUUGAGAUGCAUCUGUGGAUGCAUGACAAGAUGAGGUUGGCCUUCCUGACCGCAUCCCCACACUGUCGGCCCAUGUUCAUUUUGGCAUCAAUAAUGACUCCAAGAUCCUUUUCUGCCUCUGCACUGAUGAGAAGGGAGUUCCCCAGCCUGUAGGUGUGCCACUGGCUCUUCCUCCCCAGGUGCAGUACCCUGCAAUUGUCAGUGUUGAAACCCAUCCUGUUCUCAUCCACCCACGCCUGUAACCUGUCUAGAUCUGAUUGCAGCCUAUUGCUCCUUUUUAGUGUGCCCACUUCUCCCCACAUCUUAGUGCUAUCUGCAGAUUUGAACAAGGUGCUUUCCACCCCCUCGUCCAAGUUGCUGAUGAAGAUGUUGAACAGUGCGGGCCCGAGGACCGAGCCCUGAGGGACCCCACUGCCCACAUCCCUCCAUGUCGAAAGUGACCUGUCCACCACCACUCUCUGGGUGUGGCCCUCCAGCCAAUUGGUGACCCAUCUGACUGUGUAGGCAUUGACACCGCAAUCUCCUAUUUUUUAACAAGAAUGGGGCAAGAGACAGGGUCGAAGGCCUUCCUAAAGUCCAGAAAGACUAUGUCCAUCGUGACACCUGCAUCCAAGGAUCUUGUGACCUGGUCAUAGAAGGCCACCAGGUUGGUCUGACAGGACCUGCCCCUAAUGAACGCAUGCAGGUUGCCCCUAAGCAUAACCUCUCCUGCUUGCCCCUCGCAGAUGUGCACCUGGAUAAUUUUCUCAAAGAGCUUCCCCAAGACCAAGGUAAGACUAACAGGCCGAUAAUUUCCUGGGUCCUUCUUGCUCCCUUUUUUGAAACUGGGGACCACAUUGGCCCUUUUCCAGUCCUCUGACAUCUCACCGGAGAACCAUGAGUGCUCGUAAAGCCGUGCCAGGGGUCCCACAAUGACCUCUGCUAAUUCCCUCAGCACUCUGGGGUGGAGAUCAUCAGGACCUGCUGAUUUGAACACAUCCAGUCCUUCCAGAAGUUCCCUAAGUCCUCUCUGACCCUGGGCCUGGCUGCGCCUCCCCUGAAGCCAUUGGGGGUCCCGGUGGUGGGGAUGACCUGGUCCCUGCUCAGAAAAAUGGAGGCAAAGAAAUUGUUAAAUAAGUUAGCUUUGUCAUCUGGUGUGACCACCAGAUUUCCAAGCGUAUCCUUCACAGGCCCCACAUUACCCUGUACCUUCUUUUUACCCCCUUCAUAUUUAAAAAAGGACUUCUUGUCGUCCUUGAUCCAGGUCGCUAGUCCCAGUCCCAUCUUCGCCUUGGCCUUCCUGACCGCCCCCCUGCUGCCCCGAGCAACUGAGGUGUAGUCCUCCCUGGUGAUGGCCCCUCCCUGCCAUUGGGUGUUCGCCUCCUUCUUAGCUAGGAGACAUUUCUGGAUGCUUUUGGUGAGCCAUGGGGGCUUUUGAGCACUCUUGUCCCCUUUGAUCCAUGUUGGGAUUGCCACCCUUUGGGCUUGGAGGAUCGUCUCCUUCAGGAACGACCACUCUUCUUGGACUCCCAACUCCCCACCCCUCCGGGACCUCAGUGCCUCCCCGACUAGUCUCCUUAGGUCAAUGAAAUCCACCCUCCUGAAGUCCAGGGCUGCUGCCUUGCUGCAGGCCUUUGCCACCCUGUGCUGGAUGGUGAAUCCCAGGAGGCGAUGAUCACUGUCGCCCAGGUGGUCGAGCACCCACAGACCCCUCACCAGGUCGUCGCCCGUGGCCAGGUCCAAGUCUAAAAAGGCAUUUCACCUGGUGGGGCUGUGCAACUCCUGGGUUAGGGGGAGGUCCUGUAACAUGGCUAGGAAACUAUGUGAGUGGUCAGACCUGGCUGACUGCUCUUCCAAGAACAUUUCUGGAUCUAUUAAGUCACCCAUGAUGACCACGUCUUUUGACUUUACUGGCUCCGCGAGCUGACCUGAGAAUUCCCAAUCCAGCUCUUCUCCCUGGUUGGGAGGUCUGUAGCAGACCCCCACCGUCAAGUCCCUUUCCCCCCGACCCCCUUGUAUUCUGACCCAGAGCACUUCAGUCUGCCCCUCCUCUGACCCAGUGCUGCUUGUUAGGGAUGUGAAUUGCUCUUUGAUGUAGAGCGCCACACCCCCACCUUUUCUCCCUCUACUUUCCCUCCUGUACAGCCUAUAGCCCCUGAUGAUCACCGCCCAGUCGUGUGUUGGAUCCCACCAUGUUUCAUUGAGCCCCACUAUGUCUGUGUUUGUGGUAGCUAGCAGGAGGGCAAAUUCCUCCUCCUUGUUCCCCAAUAAUACGAGCAUUAUUGUAUAGGCAAUGAAGGCCUCCUGAAGGUGUAUGCACUGCCCCUCUAAUCCCAGGACUAUCCAGGUCUCUAACCUAGGUCGUCCAAACCAAUAACUAAGAAUUAAAUAGUGCAGGCCCAAGGACUGAGCCCUGGGGGACUCCGCUGCCCACUUCCCCCCAGGUUGAAUAUGACCCAUCCACCACCACCCUCUGAGUACGACCCUUCAGCCAAUUUGCAAUCCAUCUGACUGUGUAGACAUUGAUGCCACAGUCACCUAGUUUUUUAAUGAGGAUGGGGUGGGAGACAGUGUCAAAGGCCUUGCUGAAGUCCAGAAAGACUACAUCCAUGUCGACACCUGUAUCCAAUGCUUUUGUGCCCUGAUCGUAAAAGGCAAUCAGGUUCGUAUGACAUGACCUGCCCCUAAUGAAACCGUGCUGGUUGCCCUUGAGCAUCAUCCCUGAUGCCGGCCCAUCACAGAUCAUUCAUUAGUGCACACAUGAAUUAGUACCAUGGGGUAGUAAUCAGUGGGCUGGAUAAUGGCCAGGAUCAUCUCAGUCACAUCCUGAAUCCUCGCUCUGGGCAGAUAGGAGCCCUCAUGUGUCAAGGGGUCCUGGUGACAGAUGGGAUCCUCUGUACCUCUCAGGAUGGAGUCGCCUAUGAUGAGCACUCAGUGUCUCUUGUUCCAGGUCAAAUUGCCUCCUUCAGUCUGUUCAGUGCAUGGAGUGGCCUCCUCUCCAGAGGUUUCCUCCUCUCCUUCCUCCUCCUCCUCCAGUGUAGCCAGGGCCUCAUACCUGUUCUCCAGCUGGACUGGGGGAACUGGUAUUGCACCAUUGUGACCAGCCCUGGCUCUGGAGGGAACUGUCUGCCAUUCUGCUGUGGAGGGCAUCUCCCGGGGUGCUUCUCCCUUUGGUGCUUGGCCCUGCAGGGAAAGGAAAUACCUAUCAAUUUUGACCUCUGCUUCUCUGAUCCCCCUCAGCCUGCUAACAUCCUCCUGGAGCUCCCUCACCUGCCCCUCCAAGGCCCUAAGAUGGGCACUUGCAGGACAGGUGUGGGGGCCCCCCUUCCCUGCCCUGCCCCAGCCCCCCUGGGAACCAUAUUCCUUUUGUCAGUGAUGGGCAGUGCAGGGGGGAAACAUUGGCAAUCAGAAAUCCACCGUGAUUGAAGUGCUGGCAGGGGCUGACUUGAGGGUGGAGGGGCCACCAAUUCCUGCCAUGAUUCACACAAGGAACCAGGGGCAAUGCCUAGGGGAUGCACACAGGUGCACAUGCACCCCUGAACGUGGCAGUGCAUCCCCGGUGGCAUCUGAAGGAGCUCCCAUCUUACUGCCAUCAUGCUCAGCUUGUGACGUAACCCAGCUUGUUCUCAGUGUUCAGAGAGGAGACAGCAGAGAGUAGUUUGGGGCUGAAGGACUCCUCUGAAGGUGUGAGGGCUCCUCAGAGAGUGUCACAAAGGAUGGUAAUAUGGGAGCAUGGGGCAUCUCUAAGCUGAAGGAGACAACAAGGGUAGUGCCAGGGCUGCUAUGAUCCAGGGGAGCCUUUCACAUAAGAUACCAACUAGAGCCCAAGGGCUGGGCUGGGAGAUGUAACCCAGGACAGUACUUCCUUGUGGGCCAGGCAAUGUGCCCCCAAGAUGAGGAUAGCCCCUCCCUCACUGCCCCUCAUGUCACUGGACCAUGUGCCCCAUCCUGUCUUGCAGCUGCAAGGUGCUGGCAUCACUCCAUCACUCACAGGCUGGAGGUAGUGGGUCUCCCAUGCCCAUGGUGGGGACCCCAGGACCCAGAGAGUUGCAGAAAUGUCCCAUGUGGAGGGGUCCCCAUCCAGUCCUUCACUAAUCAUGAGGCUGGGGCACCGUUGUAGCUGGUUACAGGGUGAUGGUGCUAAGGAUUUACACUGUGCACUCUCCUCCUGCCUUCCCAGGCAAGAGCAAGGGAGAAGCUUGAGUUGGGAAAGACCCAUCGUUCAGCUGCCAGAGAGGAGAUGACCAGCUCCCUGUUCAAUGCAAGUCUGAACCUGUACACUGGCAGCCACCCCAGCUGCCCUGCCCCUGGCACCCCUGAGACUGCAUGUUAGUGCCCCUCCCCGUGUUGACACGAAGGGUGGGGAAUGGGGACACUUGUCCUUUCCUGUCAUUUGAGGUCCAUUUCCAGUCUGGUCCCAGUGACGGAUGACUGUGAAACUCAAGCUAAGCUGGGCCUACUCACAAAAGUUAAAAUACAAAAUACUGACGACAGCUCCACAGUGCAAGAAGAUGUGAGGUUGUGGCUAGGCUGUCUGACAACAACCAAUGAGAUAUCCCUUUCUGCUUACCUUACUGUAUUCAUGAUGAGUUUAAGCAGGCUCCUGUUGUCUGGUAUGUGCAUGUAUAAAAUAUCUGUCUUUGAAUAAUUAGUGUGGUAAAUAUUUCUUUUGCAAAUCAUUAAUGUUUACGUGCAGGAAGAGUCAUUCUCCAUAUGUGCUAGAUGUUUCCUCCUGAUUUACUCUUGUUUUACCUUACUGGUUCCCUUAAUCUUCGGAGGACGAUUCCUCAAAACCUUGUGUUUUCCCUGGUUGUUAAUCAAUUACUUGAUAAUCCAAACUUAGUAGAUAUGGAUAACCUCUUGUCACUGAGGUGCCUUCUAGCUCUGGGGGGGCACACAGUGUGGGGGGGCGGAGCCCAGCGCACUCCCCAGCGGACCCGGAAAUGGACCAAAAGCGCUUCUGGUCCACUUCUGGGUGUGCUGCUGAGCUCACUGGGGACUUCCCCACGUUCUCAUAGGAUGGUCCCUCCACUCCAGCAUCUCAGCAUUCACGAGCCAUGCCUGGUACCUUGAGGUACAUAGAAAAAACAUUGAAAGCUGUGUCCAUGGCUGAAUCACUGAUUCUCUGAACCAACAUCAAAUCUUCAGAUUCGGAUUUGGCCGAAUUGAAUUGGAACAGUGAUCCAAAUCAAUGAAUCAAAUCACUGUUCCCAAUUUGAGCCAAAUCCAAAUCUCAAUUGAACAUGGCCUGUUUUGUACACCCCUAAUGCCCAUCCCUCGCAGCCAUUGCCACUCAACAUACCCUGCUCACAAGCCUGAGCCUUCUCUGCCUCCUGUCUCUGCCCUUCUUCUGCAUGAAACUUCUCCGUCUACAUCCCUGACCUGCUCCUGGGCCUGCUGAGACCACCACCACCCACUUCCCACUCCCUAAACCACCAGCCCCUAAUGCAUCCCUAAGGCUGUCUUGUCUUAACUCCUGGAAGUGCAGAGUCUCGCUCUGUCUGUUGCUGUCCCUAACAUCUUCUUUCACCACCAAGGGCUGCUGACCUCCUCUGCAAACUGUGCUGCCCAGUGCAGUAGUCUAGGAGCUGACCUUGCCUGUGAAGACUAAGGCAAAAAUGGCAUUGAGCACUUCAGACUUUUCUGCAUCUUCUGUUGAAAGGUUGCUGUAACAGGGAGCCCCCUUUGUACACUCCCCUUCUGGGCAUGGAUAUAACAGAAGCCCCUUCUUGCCUGCACCACCCCACCCUCUUUUGUGCAUUUCUUUUUCCUUCUAAGUAUUGGCAGAGACCUAGCACACUCAUUGCAUGGGUGUUGCAAGGCGCAGAGCAAGCCAAAAAGCUGAAGUGUCUUUCUGUAGGAGAACCCUACAAACUACAUUUAUAUCUCAGUUGGGCUAAGUGUCACUAAGGAAAAGAAAGAGCUGAAAUAUCCGCUUAAAAGGAAAGUGUAUAAGAGACAAGAAAAGCCAAAGUGCAUUGAACACAUGACUGUAAAUAUAUCCUGGUGAACGUGUUUCCUCUUUGAUUAAGACCUAUUUCCCAAAGCAAACUUCCUAUAUGCUAAAUCAGUCUACGUGACUGCAUCUAACCUAAUUCACUCACUGUCCCCAGUGGCCUUUGAUCCUCACUACCUCUUAUGGCAUUUUUAUAUAUUUCUCUCCGUGUAUUUUUAUAUUUCAUCUGUCUCAUCUGUGGCCUGGUGUUCUGUAUUUUAUAUUUUAUAUCUUUUAACUUCUAAUGAAUGUAUUCCUUAGAGUAAGUCAUACCUUGUAUUACUAAAAUGAUUAUUAUAAGAAUACAUUGGAAUUGUAAUCGCUGGACUUGUAUUGCUAUAUUGGGCUGGUCCCCUAAGUGAAUGGAGUAUAUAUGAGUCAGUAGAUAAUUGAAUGACAAAGCAAGAUCCUCUGGCUAUUAAUUGACAAUAGGGUAGCCAGAGGGACUUACCAUUACAAAACUCUACUCUACAAGUCAUUUUAAGCUAAUCAAACCACCUGAACCCUGCAAGGACACGGCCAUUAUGUCAAUCAAGUCAAGGGAGGACUCCCAAAACUGCACCAUCGGGUGGAACCCCCAGUGACUGUGACUGACAGCUGUCAUGCGCUACGCAAAUCCCACGUGGGACAGCAGCCUCUGGAAUGGGCUGCCAAGAUGAUGCUGGAGGAUCACAGCAGUCUGCCAGAAAGGGAUGAAAGGCAGUGAAGCGUGACCCUCAGUGGUGCCCUCUCAUCCAGCACCCGACCUAACGAGCCAGAAGGACAAGCAGGUGACCCCCUUCUGGAGAUGACAUUGCCUAGGAGGAAGCUGACCAUCGACAGCAGACACCAGUGCCCUGGAUAGGUAUAAACCAACAUCGGUGCUACGCUACUAUUGCAGCAAUAGUGUAUAUGAGUGUGUGUAAGUGUGGUCGGUGUGUGUUAAGGUGGCCAGUACCCCUCAUAACUCAAAGGUUGCAUUUAUGAUUUUAUUGGUAACUUCACGUGCUGUACAAUGAACUAGAAUUCAUGGUGA